CUUGAAGUUCCUUUAGGUUACAGCCCUUACGUCCUCUACGAUGUUAUCGAAUCGCUCUUCGGAGAGUAUCUCAAGUGAUGACGAGGAGUAUAUUUCCGAUGAAGAGUGCGCUAUGAUACAAGAGGAGGAGUGGGAGGUGCUAAAGUCGAUCUUCCCAGAUGUAUGUAUAUCCAACGAUGCUGGGCCGUUUGGACGUACAAUCAAGCUAGAGAUCCCCAUAGAACUGUCACCGGCACGAAGUGUAACUAUCGUUCCUUCUACACCACCUCAAAACCGUUCUCACACCACGAGCCCGCUUAUUGCGCUCCCGCAUUUCUCGCUUGCGUUGAUUCUUCCUCCGCAGUAUCCGUUACGUGCAUCCCCCCGUAUUACGUCGCUGACGUGCACGCAUGGAUGGUAUCCGAGCAGUCGCCUGUACACUCAGCUCACUGGCAUGUGGACGCAUGACUCGCAAGGGGUUCUCUAUGUCUGGGUAGCGUUCAUUAGCGGAGGAGAGUUCCUGGAACCUGGGGACAUCACGAUAAUCAACGCUUCGCCUUUGACGCUCCUUCCGCUGCUUGAAUCCUACAAUACACACGCCCAGGAUGCUGCGUUUGCUGAAACAUCGUUUUCCUGCGCGAUCUGUUUGUCUGCAUACAAGGGAAGGUAUUGUGUGCGACUUGGGUGCGGUCAUGUAUUCUGCCGUUCGUGUCUAACAGACUUUUGGGGUUCGUGUAUAAGGGAGGGGGAUAUUGGACGGGUCGGGUGUGCUGAUCCUGUAUGCGUGAAAGCGGGACACGAGGCUGGUGAGGAGGAUGUAGUAAGAGUGCUUAAAGAGGAAGAGGUGAAGAGAUGGAAGUGGCUUAGAGAAAAGAGGGAGUUAGAGCGGGAUCCUGGGAUGGUGCAUUGUCCUGUGUGCCAGACGGCUGUGCCGAGCCCGAAAGAGGACGAAGAAAGCGGAUGGGCGCGGUUACGUACGUGUCCGAGGUGCGAGUUUGUAUUUUGUGUGUUUUGUAGACGAACAUGGCACGGGCCGAUCAGCGAGUGUCCGUUGGAGGUUACGGAGUCGUUUGUGAUGGAGUAUCUGGGGUUAGAAGAGGGUGAUGUUAGACGUUGUGAGAUUGAGAGGAGGUGGGGUAAAAGGAACGUUUUGAGACUCGUUUUAAAGUAUGAGGAGAGAUUGAACCGUGAGUGGAUGUCAAGAUGUAGUACGAGCUGUCCUGGAUGCGGUGUUCGAGUGGAGAAGAGUAUGGGGUGUAAUCAUAUGACUUGCAUCAAGUGUAACCAACAUUUUUGUUACUUAUGCGGUGAAAAGUUAUCAGCGUCUGAACCAUACAAGCAUUUUAACACUGUCCUACAAGGUUGUUUCGGAAGGUUAUUUGAUGUAGAGGUCUAGACGUUGGUCUGUGCAGUGACUCUUUGUAAUUUUAUAAAAUUGAAACCCA